AUGCGCGUAUGGGUUCGAUUAUCGAACAGGUCCAUAGAUCUAGCGAAAGAAUCUCAAAUUGCCCCUGUCUCCACCAAUGUUGAAACUAACAUUUUCAUGAACGAAAAAGCUACCUUCAAGGUUCGAGAGUCGGCCUCGUACGGCCGAGCAUGUGCCGGCUGCCACAAGGCCAAAUGCAAGUGCAUACUGAGAGGACCGGGUCUCAGCUGCGAGCGAUGCCAUCGCCUGCAGCAAGCAUGUGAGCCAUCUACUGUUGUGCGGAAGCGACUUGCCCGGAAAACAGCAUAUAGGACGGCACAUCUUGAAGAGCGGCUUGAUGAUCUUGUUGGGUUACUAGAAUCACAAGCUUCCGACGAAUCUGCUGGUACUCCUAGAGAGAAAUCCUUAGGCCGCGAACCAUCCACUACUGUUGCUUCUGUGAAUAGUGUGCCGUUGACUCGCUCGGAAUUUGUGACUCGGCCUGCUGAACAUCGAACCGACCAAAACGGGCCCAGAAAUAAGCCUCUUGCCCCUCGAAUCUCUCAGUAUUCGUUUCCAGCACAGCAUGCACCGGUUAAUACGGACCCCCUUUCAGGAAUAGAGCCUUCUGAAUCUCAAGCAGAGCAAUACUUAGCGACGUUCCAGCAGCACCUCAAUAAUUUCCCAUUUUACUGUAUUGCUUCAACGACAACGCCUUCCCAACUUCAAAGGGAGCGUCCGCUAUUGUGGCUGUGCAUUUGGGCUAAUGGAUGUAAGUCCAUGGCACAGCAGCGCCUCCUUGAGGUCAGAAUUCGUGAAACUUUGGCGCAAAAGAUUCUGGUAGAUCUUGAAAGAAACUUGGACCUUCUCCUUGGGCUGAUCGCCUAUCUCGCUUGGGCAUCCGAUAAGUACAAUGGCAAGUCUAUUCUGACCGUCUUUACCAAUAUCGCCAUGUCGCUUUUGUCCGACUUGAGACUUGACCGGUCCUUUCGAGAAAUCCCAUGUCGUGAGUUGGAUGCACCCAAAGCGUAUUCCCAUCCUAUCAAGGAAAAGGUUCAAUUGAGCCACCGCACGAAUGAAGAGCGACGAGCAGUACUGGGAUGCUAUAUAGUGUGCACAACGAAUAUAUGGUUCUUAAAUCAUCGGCCGGUGCAAUGGACGGCGCACAUGGAGGGCUGUCUGCAAGACCUGAGCGAGCACCCUGAAGUCCCUGGGGACAGAGUACUGGUUGUGCUGGCCCAGCUGACAAAAUUGAAGAGCAAUCUCCAUGAGGUCUCGACUUGGCGACAGAUUGAGUCUCCUAGCGCGCAGACACAGCCGCACCGGACCCUUCACGUCAAAUCUUUGCGGGGUGUUCUGGAUAAGAUUAAAUCGUCAACUCCGCCAGAUAUCCUAGGGAAUAAAGCCCUGAUCAAUGAUCUACCUCUGUACCCACUGGAAACGUCUCAACAGGCAGGUAGCUUCGACUUUGGAAGAACAGACUGCUUUUUUGCAUGCCUCCAAGCCAUUAAAUACUGCAUGGAGAACUUCGUCACUUUCUCUCCAGAGACAGUGUUUUCCCAUCCCAUGAUGCUGCAUAUGCAUUAUAGUCGAUGCACCCACAUUCUCUACCGCCUGUCACUCCUGGAAGACCCGUCAUGGAACCGUAGCGAUAUAGCACACAUCAUCGACGUCCUGGAAUCGAUUGAGCAAUGCGCAUCUCUUUAUGCGUCUGUGCCGAAAGUCAUCGGGAUGGAAACGGACGGGAGUGACAUGUACAGCCAAGCAGCCGAAAUCUUCAAAGCCACAAAGGCUCUAUGGCGGAGAAAUUUUGAAGAGGCUGGUGUUAUACCGCCUGCAAAAGAUCAAAAUGCGAACAGCAAUACUCUUGAAGCAGAUGAGGGCAUUUUUGAUCUGCCAGCGGAUGGCUGGUUCUCAGACAUUUUUCCAUGGGGCGAUCCUUUUCAUACUGGGGUCUGA